UUCUACCUCUGGAGCAACUCGCAGCAUCCAUCGGCCCGCUCCGGACUUCAGUCCAUGUCGAGAACGCGGCACUGCCGGGACCCUAAGGACCCUUCGACAUUCACGAAUCCUUCGACCUUGCGAGCUAGUGGUAUAUCGAGACAAAGCUGUUUCAUACGAAAGCCACAGCCCGCGCGUUUCGAUCGAAUCGCCGACCGAUCGAGCGUAUUUUUUCAAAAUAAACCCGACACCGCAAUUCCUGCCAGCGAGAAACUGAUCUCGUUCCACUGGAGAACUGGUACAUCCUCCAUGGUACCUGAAACUUGAGCCUUCCUCCUUGAUCGAGCCUCCUAUGCUACCAGCGAAACAAAGAACCUCGACAGCCUUUCGACGCGCAUUCUUAGAGCAUCGAGAUCUGUUUGCGUAUAACACGGCGAAACAAAGCAUCCGUUUCUUUCCAAUUCAUUCGUCGGCCAAGAACCUGUGCCCCGAACGAUAAGCGAUCGACCAGCCCUCCGACUCUUGACGGAUAUUUCAAACGGUUGCCGAGAAACAAAACUUAGAUAAUCGCAUUUAGAAGUAAUUUGCGCGCGAAGCGUGAUCUUUGAGGAAGCGGCAGCUGGAAGGGAAGAGGAGCCACGAGGGCCUGCGAGGAGACUGAAGAAGAGGGAUUUCCCGCGAGACUGCCGGGGGUUGUUGCCCAGCCCCGGAGAAGCGGACAUCAGGCCCGGAUGUUCGCAAGAACGAGACGCCGAAAGCGCUGCGAUGCUACAAGGGAAACUUUUCACGGCCGUCAACAAGUUCCUUACGACAUCCCCUUUGGUUAACAAAAUCAAGUUGCUGAUUACGAGACAGAGCAGCGGGACGGUGGGGAACGGCGAGGGACAAGAAGGAACGACGAGCAGCUGUUCCCAGAGGACUUCGACGGCCACGAUAACGAUGACGAUGACGACCACACCGACAACGCCGACGUCGACGUCGACGAUGACAGUCACGUCAAUGGCGAUGCCAUUCGUGCCCGUGGAAUCUGAAGCAUCGAUAUCGUCCAGCGCGACAGAUCAACGGCAACAGCGUCGUUGGCAAUGGCAACAAGCCCCGCAGCCCUGUGCGGCGACCACUUGCCCGAUCACGGCCACGUCGUCCUCCACGUAUUUGUCGGCCACGCCGUCCUCCGAGGCCAGCAAGCUGUCGACCAACGUCCUCUUUUCCUUGCCCGCGUCGCCAAAGAGAUCAGCCCCAGAAUCGUCCAGUAAAACGCCAACCAUAUCGAAAUCACAGAUGAAAGAGUUCAGGGAGGCGUUCAGGCUGUUCGACAAGGACGGGGACGGAAGCAUCACGAAGGAGGAGCUCGGCAGGGUGAUGCGUUCGCUGGGACAGUUCGCCAGGGCCGAAGAGCUGCACACGAUGCUGCAGGAGAUUGACAUCGACGGAGAUGGAAAUGUCAGUUUCGAAGAGUUCGUGGAAAUCGUGAGCAACAUAGGUGCAAGCCAAACCGCGCCCACCGAUCAGGAUCAGGAAGAGCAGGAGCUGAGGGAUGCGUUUCGGGUGUUUGACAAGCAUAACCGCGGCUACAUUACCGCAUCUGAUCUGAGAGCUGUGCUGCAGUGCCUCGGCGAGGAUUUGUCGGAAGAAGAAAUCGAGGACAUGAUCAAGGAAGUGGACGUGGAUGGAGACGGCCGGAUCGAUUUCUAUGAAUUCGUGCACGCGCUCGGCGAGCCAGGCAUCGACGACGACGAGGAGGACGAAGAGGAAGAGGUGUUGUCACCAGGCUACUAGGAUUUCACCAAUAUUCGUGUCUGUGUUAGAUAGAACGAAUCAACGACGAGUCAACGGUUGUCGGACGAUCCCGCACUUCGUCUCGCACUCUUUUCCUUUCCUCUGAUGUUCACUCCGUUGCGCGUACUGCUGCGAUUGUCGCGGAUCGAAACUCGGUCAGCUGUUGUUUGAGCCGGAAAAGGGAUCUUCUUCUUGCGUCUUGUUCGAAUCGAAUCGAGCGUGAAAGAUGGAAGCGUAAAGAAAGAAAAAGAGAGAGAGAGAGAAGGCGCAGGAAAUUUUGAAACUGGCGCCAGCGCGGAAGAUGGUUGCGUUUCGAAUCGAAAGAGUGCGCCAUUGUCUGACUAGAGGCGACGGCGCUAGUUUCAACCUGGUAACGUUGCAACCUGGCGUUAUCUCUUUCAGUGUCAAUGUCAGAGGAACUUUAUUCGACAAGCCCUAAUCGCACCUACCGUAAGAUCCGUAGAUACACCUGAUGGGAUUUUAUGUUACUCGAAGAUUAAACGAAACGUAUAAACUUCUUCUACCAGCUCGAAGCAACGAGCAUGUCGAAUUACGUGUUGCAGCAAGGAACAAUUUUCUUUCCUUCACUCUGUCUUCUUCAACGAUUGAUCGUUCGAAAAAAAGUCUGUUUUGUGACGCUAAUGUUUUCCGAGCAUCCUGCUAGCAAAUACGCGACGUGUAACGUGAACGCGAAGGAAUCAGAUCGCGUUUCGUGUAACACAACGUCUUAGCAAACAUCCUUCGUUAACUGUGCUGCAACGUAUCUACCGAUAAAUCUUCGCGAACCUGCGCGAAUGUUUCGCGAGGCACGAGAGGUUGGCGAGAAGAAACGACGGAGACACAACGAUCGUGCUCCUUCUUUGAGAUGAAACGCCGAUUCUCUCGGUUGAUUAGGCUGUAAUCGAGCCUUUUUUGAUGUCUGGGUCGCCUGCGUCAAUGUAAGAGGAAAAAAAAGAAAAAAAAGAGAAAAAGAAAGAACAGGCGACCGAUCGAUAAUCGACUUCUUCUUCUAACAUAUAUGGAUUUUUCGAUUUUACUCUCUCUCGUCUAAUCUAACAAGUCACGCACCAUAUUUCUCAAUGUAAAGUAACUUAAGUGUUAAGAGGAACCAGCACCACAAUAAAUUCGAUAUAUUUGCGAUUGCGUUAUGACGUGCAUAUCUCACUAGGGAUAUGACGACAACGAUUGAUAGCAAUAGCUGUUAGGAACGCGUAUCCGCCAUUUUGGCGAACGCACGAACGAAACAUACGUACAGACGGGGCAAGAACUUGCGCUUGCAUUUUUCCAACAACUCUCGUUGUCGGUUAAAGCUAUAGGAAUUCUCGUUUCGGCAGGUGAGCGUAUCGAGACCGCGAGGAGGAACCGUUCAGUUGUGAAUUUUAAAUCGAUCUUGAUCGCUUCGCUCUCCUUGAGCUUCGUACUGUGUACCUUAUUAACGAUAUCUCACUGUUACGCCAAAUAACAAGAGCCGCACGCUGUUUCAAAUAUUUUAAAGGAUCUAAUAAAUCUACUAAACAAACGCUUCCUCGCACGUUGGUAUUCUUUUUAUUAUACCUACACCCAAUGAAGAAAGUAAAUACAGCAAAAAGGGAGUAACGCUGAGUGAAAUAACGCGAAAAAAUAACAGAGCACGAAAAAACCCAGAAAAUUAAAAAAAUUUUCACCCGGUAACGUAGAUUUCUCGUUACCGACUGGUACCGUGAAAAAAGUUGAAGAUACAGCAAAAAGGAAGUAACAAUGAAUGAAAUAACGCGAAAAAGUAACACAGAGCAUGAAAACGCCCUGGAAAAAUGAAAAAAAAUUUUCACCCACUCUGUAAUCAGAAAUCUGCGUUACCGACCGGUACCGUGAAAAAAGUUGAAGAUACAGCAAUAAAGAGAGUAAUGCUGAGUGACAUAACGCGAAAAAGUAAUACAGAAUACGAAAAAAGCAGCAGAAAAUAUAAAAAAACUUUUGCGUCUUGUUGGAAUCGCAUCGAGCGUGAAAAAUGGAAGCGUAAAGAAAGAGAGAGAGAGAGAGCGAGAGAGAAGGCGCAGGAAAUUUUGAAACUGGCACCAGCGCGGAAGAUGGUUGCGUUUCGAAUCGAAAGAGUGCACCACUGUCUGACUAGAGGCGACGGCGCUAGUUUCAACCUGGUAACGUUGCAACGCGGCGUUAUCUCUUUCAGUGUCAAUGUCAGAGGAACUUUUUUCGAAAAAAAAGUCUGUUUUGUGACGCUAAUGUUUUCCGAGCAUCCUGCUAGCAAGCACGCGACGUGUAACGUGAACGCGAAGGAAUCAGCUCGCGUUUCGUGUAACACAACGUCUCAGCAAAUUUCCUUCGUUAACUGUGCUGCAACGUAUCUGCCGAUAAAUCUUCGCGAACCUGCGCGAACGUUUCGCGAGGCACGAGUGGUUGGCGAGAAGAAACGACGGAGACAUGACGAUCUUAAUAAAACAAUUCUAUUGAUUAAGGAACGUAGAGUAGCAAUCGCUACAACGAUCGUGCUCCUUCUUUGAGAUGAAACGCCGAUUCUCUCGGUUGAUUAGGCUGUAAUCGAGCCUUUUUUAUUGUCUGGGUCGCCUGCGUCAAUGUAAGAGGAAAAAAAAAGAAAAAAAAAAAAGGAAAAAGAAAGAACAGGCGACCGAUCGAUAAUCGAUUUCUUCUUCUAACAUAUAUGGAUUUUUCGAUUUUACUCUCUCUCGUCUAAUCUAACAAGUCACGCGCCAUAUUUCUCAAUGUAAAGUAACUUAAGUGUUAAGAGGAACCAGCACCACAAUAAAUUCGAUAUAUUCGCGAUUGCGUUAUGACGUGCAUAUCUCACUAGGGAUAUGACGACAACGAUUGAUAGCAAUAGCUAUUAGGACCGCGUAUCCGCCAUUUUGGCGAACGCACGAACGAAACAUACGUACGAACGGGGCAAGAACUUGCGCUUGCAUUUUUCCAACAACUCUCGUUGUCGGUUAAAGCUAUAGGAAUUCUCGUUUCGGCAGGUGAGCGUAUCGAGACCGCGAGGAGGAACCGUUCAGUUGUGGAUUUUAAAUCGAUCUUGAUCGCUUCGCUCUCCUUGAGCUUCGUACUGUGUACCUUAUUAACGAUAUCUCACUGUUACGCCAAAUAACAAGAGCCGCACGCUGUUUCAAAUAUUUUAAAGGAUCUAAUAAAUCUACUAAACAAA